AUGUGCCGCCCGCUCACCGUCACCUGCCUCCGCCGCGUCGCAGGCAUCGACAUCUGCGACCACUACUUCACCUUCUCCGACCUCAAAAUCCCCUGCAAGAAUCCAGACUCCCAAGAGUGUCGCGACGGCAAGGCAGAGCUCGUCGACUUUCAGAACCCAUCCACGUUGUGUGCGGGCCGUAUCGACGGUCUGUACCUCGAUGCCGAUGAGCGUGGAAAGCGGUGUGUGAAGGCUUUGGAGAAGUAUGGUCAGUCGCUGCAUCGUGUCAACCUCGAGGGCCCCGGGACGGUGUCUUGGUGGAAGCGGAAGAGCGCCAAGAAGGGCGAGGAGGUUGGCGCUGCGAAGUCAAAGGAGUCGAGCAAAGACUUUUGA